AGUCCCGGAAGAGGCGCUGCGGCAUGAAUUUGCUGUUUUUGCCUAGACUUACUUUCGAUUUCGGUAUUAGCUACAUGCAGCGGGUUUGCUAGCUUAUCCGAUCUUGGCAGUACAACUUUAAAAAAUAGUUUCUUCAAGACCAUGAGUUACGACCGUGCUAUCACUGUCUUUUCACCUGACGGCCACUUGUUCCAGGUGGAAUAUGCUCAGGAAGCUGUCAAAAAGGGAUCAACAGCUGUUGGAGUUAGAGGCAAAAAUAUCGUCGUGCUGGGUGUGGAGAAGAAAUCUGUGGCUAAACUCCAGGAUGACAGAACUGUGCGCAAGAUUUGUGCCCUGGAUGAGAAUGUGUUCAUGGCUUUUGCGGGAUUGACAGCAGACGCAAGGAUUGUCAUUAACCGGGCGAGAGUGGAGUGUCAGAGUCAUAGGUUGACUGUGGAAGAUCCUGUGACUGUUGAAUACAUCACACGCUUCAUUUCUAACAUCAAACAGCGGUACACCCAGAGCAAUGGGCGUAGACCUUUUGGGAUCUCAUCGCUCAUCGUGGGCUUUGACUUUGAUGGUACACCAAGACUUUACCAGACAGAUCCCUCUGGAACAUACCAUGCGUGGAAGGCAAAUGCCAUUGGGAGAUCAGCAAAGACAGUGAGGGAAUUCCUGGAAAAGAACUACAAAGAUGAGGAUGUGGAGUCAGACACUGAAACCAUAAAGCUGGUCAUCAGAGCUCUGCUUGAGGUUGUCCAGUCUGGAAGUAAGAACAUGGAACUUGCAGUCAUGAAACGCGAUGAGCCUCUGAAGAUUUUAGACCCGGAGGAAAUCGAAAAGUACGUUUCAGACAUCGAGAAAGAAAAGGAGGAAACUGAGAAACAGAAGAAGAAAACAUAGAACAUUCCAUCCUGGGUGGUUACGACCAAUUUCCUUUCCAAACAUGUGCCUCCAAUUUUCAAUAAAAAUGGUUGUUUACAA